AUGAGUUUGAAUAGACUUUGGGAAGGGAAAGAACGAAAAGAAUUUGAAGUUGAAGAAGAAAUCGAAAUACCCAAAAGAAAAGCUAAACAUGAUUUAAAACCUGUUGAUAUUCAAAGACAACAAGUAGAGAAGUUAUUACAAAGACCUGAUAAAACAUUACAAAUACCUGAAAAAGCUGAUAAACCUAAAUUAAAAGCACCUAAAGAUAUUGUUAGAAAUGUUCAAGGUUCUAGUGCAGGUGCAGGAAGUGGAGAAUUUCAUGUAUAUAGAGCUCAUCGACGAAGAGAAUAUACACGAUUAAAAUCCAUGGAAGAGGAAGCAAGAAAAUAA